CCGAGAUUCCGUUUACCGUCAUAGCAGGAAGCGAUUGAAUUACGGCGUCGUCUUAGAGAGGCCGUUUUCUUAGAUAAGGAGAACGAGGGGCCUUUUGUGCCCCUUGAAGGCAGUACUCAACAUUAUUUGUAUGUAAGCCUCAGCACAGUUCACAUGAAAGACAUUUGAAGAUCUAGCUGGCUAACCAGUUGUGGUUUCCACCCAUCACACGCAGGACAACAUGAGUCGAGAGAGGGAAACCUUGUUGGACGAAAUUGAACUGAGUUUAUAUACUUUAACAGAUGACAAUUUACGCUACUUGUGCAAAAGUUGUGGAAUAGGGGGCAAAGAUGGAUCUGAGGUCAAAGGGAAAAGUCAGCGCUCAUUGCGUCGUAUAAUAGGGGAAUAUUGUGAAAAUGUUAAUUUAAUAGAUCCCGAUGACCAGGGAAUAUCUCGGUUACUCCAACUGAAAGAAGAUAUAAAAAGAAUACAGAAAGAUGCUAGCUGUAUGCCCACAAGGACCAGCCUGUCAGCUACAACAGUGUUGGGAACGACACAAAUAAGCUGCGACACUGAACAAAAUAAGGAAGGAGGAGUUUGGAUGCCCAACAGCAGGAAAUCGACUGAGCCAGCUCCAAAGUGGCUCAUUGUAACAGAGCAGACCGUGCCACUGGGUCCGGAGAGUGACUGCGGAGCCCGGAAGAUACGGCGAGAUGCGAAAGUACUGCUAGAGGACUGCAGGUCGGUGCUAGGACAGAGAUUUGACAUCAAAGUGGAAGAUGAUGAGGAGAGGAUUUCGGGCUUUGCUAAUGAAGGCGACUGUCCGCCUGACUCCCGACACUCCCGAUCUCGCGAACAACAUCAAGAAGCUGACAAAGGCAAGAGAUCUCUCCACAGACCUCAACGUAAGAAGAGAUGCACAAAACGAGAUCACCCCAAACCACAGCCGCACUCAGAAAAGACCUCUUCUCAUUGUUCAGACAGCGAUGAAGAUUUGUCUUUGAGCUCUUACCAAUGCCCUGAAUGUAAGAAGAGGUUCUCUAGCAAUGCAGGCCUUCAAAAACACACACGAAUACAUAGCGGUGAGAGGCUUUUCCAGUGUUCGCAUUGUGACAAGAGUUUCAUUAAUAGUUCAAACCUUCAUCAGCACCUACCAGUUCACUCCAGAGAGAAGCCUCACCACUGCUCUGACUGUGGGCGAACUUUUUCCACUGCACGCUAUUUAACUAAACACAAGAGGCUACAUUCGGGGAUCAAGCCAUUCUGCUGCAUCCACUGUGACAAGAGGUACACCCGGUCAGACCAGUUGAAAGUUCAUAUGAUGACACAUACAGGGAGGUUUGAGGCCCAUUCUCCCAUCCUUCUCAAGCUGAUCUGGACUCUGUCUAAAGACUCUGAACACAACCCAGCUGUAUUCAUUGACCCGCCGGUCAUCUGA